CGGUUAUCCAUCUGCAGGCCAGUGAAAAAUGGCUUCGCCCAGGCCCAGAUCCCCCAGGACUCCUAUAAGGAAAGAUGAAAAAGACGAAUCCUUCUGGGAGAAAAUCGGAACCCUCGGGAGAAAAAAGCGUAUUCGCGAAGUCCAAGAAAUCCAGGAAGAAGGCAAAUAUGCUAUUGACUCUCCAGGAAGUCCGAUGAAUGCCGACAUCCCGCAAGAAGUAUAUCUAUUGGAGGAAAACCAAGAGAUGCUAAUUGUCAAGCCUGAAUCUCUUGCCGACACCAGAGUGCAGAAUUUGAUAACGAUUCUGAUCGAUUGGAUCAACGAUGAACUAGCUGAGCAACGUAUAAUCGUUAAGCAUUUAGAGGACGACUUAUAUGACGGUCAAGUGCUUCAAAAACUAAUAGAGAAGCUGACAAAUACAAAAAUGGACGUCCCAGAAGUUACACAGUCAGAAGAAGGUCAGAGGCAAAAGUUGAGGGUUGUCCUUGGCACAGCUAACACUGUUCUGGGUCAAGCGGUAUGGGCUGAACACAAAUGGGGGGUUGAAAGCAUCCACAGUAAAAAUUUAGUUGCUAUGCUCCAUUUACUGGUUGCUUUAGUGAGACAUUUCCGAGCUCCGAUCAGGUUACCCGAGAAUGUCUCUGUGAAGGUUUUGAUUGCCCAGAAACAAAGUGGAGGUAAAAUCAAACACAGAACCGUGUUGGAAGAAAUCACAUCAACGUAUGAUGACGUCGGUAUGAGAUGCGAAAGAGACGCCUUCGAUACGCUUUUCGAUCAUGCUCCUGAUAAGCUGACAGUUGUGAAAAAUUCACUCCUUACGUUUGUUAACAAACAUUUGAACAAAAUCAAUCUUGAAGUAACCGAAUUGGAAACCCAGUUUCACGACGGGGUUUACCUGACUUUGUUGAUGGGCCUUCUAGAAGGGUUUUUCGUGCCAUUUUAUUUCUUCCACUCGACGCCGCAGGAUUUCGAGCAGAAAGUUCACAAUGUCAAUUUCUCAUUUCAGCUUAUGCAAGAUGUCGGAUUGGUAAAACCAAAAGCCCGCCCUGAAGAUAUUGUCAACAAAGAUAUGAAGUCUACUCUACGGGUUUUGUACAAUCUGUUCACCAAAUAUAAAAACAUCAGUUGUUAAUAAAAAUAUUUUUAAAAACUAUUAAGCUAAUCAACUAAAUACAAAGAUAAUAUGUAUUUAUUAAUUUUAUUAAAACAAUGUAAAUUAUAUUUUAAAAGUAAAAACUGCCUAUUGUAAAAACAAAAAAA